UUUAUUAUCUGCGGAUAACCAUUUGUUACCCGUUAGUUAUCCGUGAGUAUUAGAGAUCCUAUGUAGGACACUUUCUAGCAUCAACCACCACUUUGCGUGUUUGUAUAUAUAGCAAGUACAUGAAUUUUCUCACUCAUACACUUCAAAAUUCAAUAAUUCUAUGAAUUGCUUAGUGUUGCCAUUAUCGUUGAUCCGAAGACGCUCCAUGAGAUAUCAGCACCUAAGCAAGGAGAAAGAAUCUGAAAACCCUAUAACCGUGGUGGUCGGAAAAGAGAAAAGGGUGUUCCUUGUGGAGCCUUUCAUAUUAGAGGAGAACCCCUUUCGGGUGUUGAUGGACACGUCGAAGAGGAAGAUGGGAAAAGAUCCAAAGGACAAGGAUAAUCAUCAUCUCCAUCAUAAACGUAAUAGAGUGGUCUUGGUCGAUGUUGAUGCGAUUUUGUUCGAGCACAUGCUCUGGCUCAUGUAUAAUGAUUUCUCUUCUUUCUUCAACCUUAAUUUGAACGACAUUAUUGACUUCUACGCUCAGGAUGUUUAAUCCUAACACUGUUACUUAUGAGCUGUACAUUAACGUAGAAAGCAUACUAUGUUUUAGUGAUUUCAGUUAGGCUUAAAUAUGUA